UCUCUUUGCUUGAUUCAAAAGCUACAAACUUUUCUCAAUUUUAAACCUGCCCAUCAAAAUUUCCACACACGGUUUCUAACCUUUCAACACUCCAUUUUACCACCACAAUCUUUUCUCUUUCAUUCUACACAAGAGACAAAUCAAUGCUACAUCGAAUCUUUCAAGUGAGUCGAAAAAUCUUGAGCUGAAAAUCGGUUCAAGAAGCUUUUGAGUGCUGGUUGAAAUGGAAGGGAGAGGAUUUUCUGGUUUAUACAAGAAUUCAAGUGAAGAGUUGUUCUUGAAGACAGUGAUGGAGAGUCCUAUUGGUAUGCCAGUACCUACCAUGGAGAUGUUAGGAUUCAAGACCGUUUCUCAAAGCUUUCGCGCCGAUAGCGAGGAGCUUUUCAAGCGCUGGCUGACAAAUGAAGAGGGAUACAAUUCAACGAGCAUGGGACUUAACAGUCGAUUAUCGAAGAGAAUCUCCACUGAACUAGUUAAUGUGUCUAAUCAGCAACAUGUUGGUGUGGCUUCAGAAGGAAGAAACAAUGAUAAAUCAUGCUUACAAAAUAGCUUUUUGACAAAUGAUGUUUCGGGCGAUUUCAAUUUUCCAAUCAGAGAACCUGUUGAUAGAGAAUUGCAAUCUGGUAACUUGUUUCUGGCCAAGGCAUGGUUUCUUACCGAUCAACGAAUGACAAGAAGCCGGUCUUCUGAAUUGCGGCGAAGGUAUACCGAAAUGCAAAAUACUCAAGCACCACAAGGAUUGGAUUCAAUGUUCAUGGCUCCUAAGCAUGAUGCUAACAUUAUAAAAGAAGAACUUGCACAUUUCAAUGGUUUUGAUUACCUUUCUAUGUGCGAAAUACCGAGUCAAAAGGGCUCAUUCAUGUCUCCAUCGAACUCAUCUUCGUCUACCUUCAACACACAACAAUUGGUUGAUGUAGAUAAAGUUUCAUCUUGCGUAAGUAUGCUAAAAGGUACGUUACAACGCAAGAGACUCGAAUGCCAAGUCGAGAAAGAUGCUGCAGAAGACGGUUUAAACGAAAUUUUUGGCAUUCGAGAGCCUCUUUUCCAAUCUGGUUUUAAUGAAGGACAAGAAAAUUGGAAUCAUCAAAAGCUAGUAAAUGUUCAAGGAGAUUUUACCGAUCAAGUUAAGGAUACUGGAGUCGUUGAAACACUUGAAGGAGCUGCAAACUUUGUCUUAGAGGGUUUUGCAAAUCAAACGAGCCAAAUACACGGUGGAACGGCUUCCGGUGAACCUUCUCAAAGUGAGUCUUCUGCUGCUGCACCAGUAAUCUCAUCUGGUUUAGAUGCUUGUGAAGGACCUAGCAAUUCAAGUCAAACUCUUUGUGAUAGCUCAUGGAAACAAGUAGGAGAAAGCACUCAAAAUCGAGCCAAAGGUGUCAGAGAACAGAUAAUGGAUAAUCUGAAAGACGACAGGAAGAGGAAAAGACUAGAGAGAUAUGGAUCAGUAACAUCAGCUGUUUCAGAUGACAAGGUGGACACGACAAAAAAGCGAAGGGUGGAGCGAUCAAGAAAAAUGGCUGAGGCAAAGGAAAGAAAUUUGACACCAACAAUUCCCUCAGAUAUGCAAGCUGUCAUGAAGCGAUGCGAAAACCUUGAGAAGGAAGUUCGAUCGCUAAAGCUUAAUUUGUCCUUCAUGAAUAGGAAGGAUUCUGAACAAACAAAGCAGAUAGAGGAUCUUCAGAAGCAGAAUGAAGAGUUGGCAGAUGAAAAAGAGCGCCUACUCGAAGAGAUCGAAAGACUUUUAUCAGAAACUGGAAAGAUUUAAUGUUUUGUUGUUUUCUUAUUAUGUCCUUAGCCUCUUCAGAAACAAUGCAGUUCUGAGACAAGAUUAAAAUCUUACCACAGUUAACUUGUGGAUGAAAAAGCUUAGGUAAAAGUAAAACAUUGAUCAAUUAGCAAAACAUAAAUGCAUGGAAUUUGAGUUAUUAGUGUGACAUUGUAUAUCUGGUCAAAUAUGGCUGUUAUUCAAAAUUUGAGGAGUAUGAACAA